AUGCUGUUGUUAGAGUUGGUGGAGAAAAUGAACUACGGCCACUGCUAUGCGAUACUGUUCGAUGAAGUGUACGAAAGUGUACUGAACGAGUACUUUUUCCAUCGAAUACAUCGUGCCGCACGCUACAUUGUAAAAAUCGCCGAAGACGAAGAUACCUUUAAUCCACGGCCGGGUUUAAAGUGCAUUCUUGAAAAUAUACGACGAGUUGGAUGCGGUGGUUACGUCAUCCUAAUGGCGAAUGGAAUUCAGCUGGAACGUUUGCUGAGAUUCGGUGAUAAGACACGAACCAUUAAUACACGUGCCCGGUUCAUAAUGACCCACAACUAUCGACUAUUCGUACCACAGUUAAAUUACAUCUGGAAGCGCAUUGUCAACGUCCUGUUUGUGCGACCGCUGCAAAGGAGAAAAACGCUUAGCUGGAAAACCCUGAACCAUUCCAACGCGACACCUGUCUACGAGCUAAGCACCGUUCCAUUUCCGAUGCCAAUCAAUGGUGUGUUCUUCUCGAAAAUUGUAAACUUUUGGCAGGCGGGUAAAUUCCGAUUAGCAAACAGCACGUUUUUCAGCAACAAAACUAACAACCUGCGCCACCAAAAAAUGCACGUCGUGGUGCUAGAACAUACACCGGCUGUAUUCAAAUUGGAGACACGCGAUGACACGGCGUCAGGCACGAAAACGAAUGACACUUCCGACAACAGCCUAAACGGUAUUUCUGCAAUGUCGCAUUCGAAAACCUUCUACUAUGGGCUAGAAAUUGAGCUGCUUAAAGCCAUCUCAAAGGCCAUGCGGUUCGAUAUGGUAUUCUACGAGACGUUCGAUGCCGACAUCGAACGAUGGGGCAAUGUGCAGGACAACGAAACGCUCACCGGAUUGCUUAGAGAGAUGUACGACGGGAGGGCAGAUUUCGCCCUCGCCGAUCUACACCAUACGGAGUACAAUCUCGGCUUCAUGGAUCUCAGCGUACCGUACAACACGGAAUGCUUAACGUUUCUUACACCCGAGGCACUGAGCGAUAACUCCUGGAAGACACUCAUCCUGCCAUUCAACAGAGAAAUGUGGACGGGUGUGUUGAUAUCGCUCGUUUCCGUUGGUUUCGUGUUUUACGCAUUCUCCAACACGCUCACCUUCAUUCACCAUCACGAAAGAGGAUAUCAGCCGGAGCAGGAUCUGGUGCAGCGACAUCACAACAGAAAGCGACAUCGAAACCACAACUUGUGGAAAAGGUUCAGCAAACAUCGGUACACUACGGUCUGUAAAUCCAAAUUAACCUACGGCCUAACGCGCAUACUUCGCAAAGCUCGCCGACACAGGAGAUACUCGAAAAAAGCCUCACACUACACCGCGAGUGGUUUGAAAAAGUUACAAAUGAUACCGUUUAAACGCAAACCGGAACCCUGGCAUGAUCCUUUGCCGGCGUACGAUAUUUUCGAUACGUUUUCCGGCUGCAUCUUGUACACUUACAGCAUGUUACUGCUGGUGUCCCUGCCACGACUGCCCAAUGGAUGGCCGCUUCGUGUCCUUACCGGUUGGUACUGGGUGUACUGCGUCCUGGUCGUGGUCGCAUACCGGGCCUCCUUCACGGCAAUACUCGCAAACCCAAUACCACGGUUAACGAUCGACACGUUGCAGGAUUUGGCGGAAAGUCCCAUUCGUUGCGGAGCUUGGGGUGCACAAAAUAAGCUCUUUUUCCAAAUGGCCCAGGAUCCCUAUUCGCAAGCGAUCGGUGCAAAGUUGGAACAUGCUCCGAACUACAACGAGGCGGUGGAUAAGGUCAGCGAGGGCCUGUACGCGUACUAUGAAAACAUCUACAUUUUGCGGCAGUUACGAUCGACAAGGAAAUCGGAAAAGGCUCGUCAAACCCUGCACAUCAUGCAGGAAUGUGCCGUGCAUAUGCCGAUAUCGAUCGGGAUGGAGAAAAACUCACCGCUCAAAUAUCAAGUCGAUCGUCAUGUCAGGGCAUUGAUCGAAGGAGGACUCACCAGAAAAUGGCUCUCGGAUGCGAUCGAACGGUUCCAGUCGAACGUUGAGCUGCCGCCGCAAGAGGCUACGAUCGAUCUGAAGAAAAUGUACGCCGGCUUUGUAGCCCUCGGCCUCGGCUACACGCUGGCGAUGUUCGCAUUCGUCGCGGAAAAGUUAUACUGGACGUAUGUUGUUGAAACCAAUCCGGCAUUUGACAAAUAUUUGCAUGGCAUUGCGUUUCGCAGGCGUAUGUGA